GACUUGAUCCGAGUAACUCUGUAGUGCACAAAACGGCCGACCAUCAAAGAACAUCAAUUUUUGCAAAAAAUUAUUUUUCUAAUAAAUUUAUUUAAAAAUACGCCGGAAAAUUUAUAAAAAACCAUGGCUGUACGUUUAACGCAAAGAUUGCUCAAGACCCAAACACCAUUCCUGUGCAGGAGCUAUCCCCUGUUGGUGACUAAGGAAAAAACUGAAGAUGUGGCCCAUACCAAAUCUGCUUUGCAAAGAAAAUUAACUAAAACAGAUAUUCCUUCAGCUCAAUAUGGUGGUCGUCAUGCUGUAACUAUGUUGCCCGGCGGUGGCAUUGGUCCCGAACUAAUGCAUUACAUUCGCGAUAUUUUCGCCUACUGCGGUGCUCCCAUUGAUUUUGAGGUAAUUGACAUUGAUCCCUCUACUGAGGGCAAUGAUGAUUUGGAAUAUGCCAUCACCUCCAUCAAACGUAAUGGUGUAGCCAUCAAGGGUAACAUUGAAACUAAAUCUCACAGUCUAACUGAAGUUUCCCGUAAUGUGGCCAUUCGUAAUGAAUUGGAUUUGUAUGUUAAUGUUGUGCACUGCAAAUCUUUCCCCGGUAUUCCUGCUCGCCAUAGCAAUAUCGAUAUUGUUUUGAUUCGUCAAAAUACCGAUGGUGAGUACGCCAUGUUGGAACACGAAUCUGUGCCCGGUAUUGUUGAGAGCAUGAAGGUCGUCACCACCGAAAAUGCCGAACGUGUAGCUCGUUAUGCUUUUGAAUAUGCUCGUCAAAAUGGUCGCAAGAAGGUGACCACCAUACACAAGGCCAAUAUUAUGAAAUUAUCUGAUGGUUUGUUCUUGGAUGUUGCCAAAAGAGUGCACAAAGAUUAUCCCGAAUUGGAGCACAACAACAUGAUUAUUGAUAACACUUGCAUGCAGUUGGUAUCUAAUCCUCAUCAGUUCGAUGUCAUGAACAUGACCAAUUUGUAUGGUACCAUUGUUUCUAAUGUCAUUUGCGGUUUGAUUGGUGGUGCUGGUCUUUUGUCUGGCCGUAACUACGGUGAUCAUUAUGCCAUUUUUGAACCUGGUACUCGUAAUACUGGUACUGCCAUUGCCGGCAAAAAUAUUGCCAAUCCUGUUGCCAUGAUUAAUGCCAGUGUUGAUAUGUUGAAUCAUUUGGGCCAUAAGGAACAUGCCCGUGUUAUUCAGGAAGCCACCUAUGAGACCAUUGUCGAUAGGGGUAUUAGAACUCCAGACUUGGGUGGCACCAACUCUAGUACCGAUGUGGUUAAGAGUAUUUUGGAUAUUCUCUCUAACAAGCGUGUUAACUGGUAAUGUCUCCUUUUUAUCUUCUACUACUGCACUUUGUAUUACGAAUUAUUUUAUUUGAAAUAUUAUUAUUAUUUAUGUAUUUUCCCCUAUUUAACCCUCAUCCCUCACAUCCCUUAAACCCACCCACUUCCUGUUUUAUUUUGUUAAAAUAUUAUUAUAUUAUUUACUUUAAUUUGCCUGUUAUAGUUAGUUUAUUUUUCCCCACUUAAACUUAUUAAAUUGUCGUUUUAUUAGCUAAACCAUUUUUUUAAUUGUUUAUUUUUUUUUUCAAGUAAAGUUAAUUUAUUGUCUUAGUCUUAUGUUGUAGAUUAUUAUUUUCUUGUUUUAUAUGAUUUUUAUUAUUUAUAUUAUAAAUUUGUAUUAUUUAUAUGUUUAUAUCCCUUCAGCAAAUAAUUUUUCUUUUAAAAGUAUUUUAUGGUUUUAUUUAUAAAGAAAAAAGUGUUACAUUAUGUAGGCAAUGCUUUAAUUAACCUUAUGCGUUUAUUAAUAACUAACAGUUAAAUUAAACACAAUUUUACUUUAAUGUUACUAACUGGAAUCUGGAAUUAAAACACAUACAUAUUUGGGGUUCUUAGUAAUGGUCUGAAAUAUGUUAAUGGUCCAUAAUUAAAGGGCUUUACUAACAAUUGUUUAAGUAAUUGUGUUUUAUUAGGUGUAAUCGUACACUAAAUACAUCUUUAGCACAAACUCUUAGCAAACACGCACUAUGUAUUAUUUUCUUUGGGUAUCCAAGUAGUACAAUUGGUUUUUCAUAUAACACGUAUGUAAUGGUUAUUUUUAUUUAAUUGUAAUUAUCAUUUUUUGGCUUUUUAAAUUUACAAUUGGUUUUUUCAAAAUUUUUAUUUGUAUUAUUAAAAAAAUAUUAUAAAAUUGUCCUUCAAAAAAACGCAAAACUAAUAACAAUAUGUUUCAAUUUUCUCUCUUCCCUCCUACCCCUUGUCAACUCAUAAAAAAACCCCGCCCCAAAAACAACGGCUUAAAUGUGUUCCCCCUUCACGCUACCACCUUGACAUUUUUCAAAAAAUUAUUAUGGUGUAAUGUAAAUGUGUCAAAAAAAAUCAAAUCAAUAUCAUGGAUGGUUUAACAUUUUUUAAAUGUAAUUGGUUCAAAAUCAAAAAACAGGCCUCAUGGAAACUAUUACAGCCAAUUUUAAACAGGAAAACUUUUUAAAAAAUAUAUAACAUUGUUUUCAGUUUUUAAUUUAUUUAACCACCAAAUAUUACAAUAUUUUACAAACUUUAGUGUUUAAGUAACCCAACAUAAAAAUACAAAUACUAACCUUUGAAAAGCUGGAAAAAAUUCCCCUUUAUUACUCCUUUACACAACAAUCAGCCUUUAAAUAAAAACAAAUGCUUACAUGUGAAGUGAAAAUGUUUUAAAACGUUCCUGUGACUGUUUGAAAAUAAUACCUAUGAUUGGAAACUUUGUUGAAAACUUCUACCCCCAAAA